AUGGGUUGGCAGAAACGUGGCAAAGGUUUCAAUUCAAACACAGGACAAGGAGCUGUAAUGGGCUUACACACUGGAAAAAUAAUGGACUACACAACAAAGACAAAAACAUGCAGAAUUUGUGAUCAUGCAAAAAAAAUGAACUCCACUCCCCGUAAACAUGACUGCCGAAAAAAUCAUAGUGGUUCAUCAAAAGCUAUGGAGCCUACAUCUGCAGUUCAGCUGUUUAAGAACAUAACGAAACACAAUGCUAAGUACUCAACUUACACUGGGGAUGAUGACUCAACAACUGAAAGUUUUAUACAUGCACAAGUACCAUAUGGAGUUGAGAAAUUUAGUGAUAUAAUUCAUAUAAAAAGAUCGUUAUCUAGUAGAUUACAUAAUCUGGCCAAAAUGAAAAGAUUUCCCAAUUGCUCAUCAUUGUCAACAAAAGUAAUCGACUAUCUCGUGAAAUGCUUUUCAGUUGCCGUCAACCAAAACAAGGGUGAACCAAAGUCAAUGCAAGCAUCAUUAAAAUGCAUAGUACCCCAUGCAUUUGGAAUCCACACUGACUGCAGUGAGUCAUGGUGUCGAUGGAAACAGGACCCAGCUAUGUACAAGCAUGCAUAUCUACCAUAUGGGAAAGACCUGCAUGGCGAGGAAUUAAAACUAGCCCUGAAUGACAUUUUCAGUCAAUAUCAUUCUGACAACAUGGUGGAAAAGCUUGCUCCAAUCGCCAACUCUCAGAGAAAUGAGUCUUUUAACAGCACAGUUAAUUGGUUGAAAGAAUCCCAAGAUUAG